GAUUUUGCCCAGAUCCAUGGUAAUUUAUCAGCAAUGUUUGAUCGUGCGAUGACAAUGAUGUUUGGCCUGGGCCUGUCCAUUACUGGGUCCCAUCACCUGUGUGGAGACUACCUGUUCAGUGGCCAUACAGUCAUCCUCACCAUCCUCUACCUCUUCAUCAGGGAGUAUUCCCCGCGUGGCUGGUUCAUUCUUCACUGGUGCACGUGGCUGGUCUCCUGUAUCGGCAUCUUCUGUAUCCUCCUGGCGCACGACCACUACACGAUAGACGUGGUCGUGGCCUACUACAUCACCACGCGGCUGUUCUGGAUCUACCACACGCUGGCCAACCACGAGGUGCUGAAGAAACCCAGCCCGGCGCACCUCCUGUCACGGACGUGGUGGUUCUCCAUGUUCAGGAUGGCGGAGGGGAACGUUGGGGGGUUGCCGCGGGAGUUUGCCUGGCCGCUCCCCUGGCCGAAACGUUUCCACGACACAAGGUUCCAUUACAUGGGGGUGUGCAAACAAGUGUGACGUGUGGUUAGACACAUCUGCACCUCAGCUCGAAAGCUCAUCUGUGUAGCUUUGAAACAAAUUUGAACUGUGAUAUCUAACACAAGAAAUUGGACAAAUUUUCGACUGUAUAACUCUAGUGUUCAUCAGGGCAUUGCAACCGUCCCUCAACAGAGACGGGGGGCGCCACAAACUUCUGCAACCUAUG